CCCAUUAUUACAAUCUCUCUCUCUCUCUCUCUCUCUCUCUCUCCCUCGAAAUCAUCAUCAUCUCACAAAUCCAACUAAUUCCUACUCCCAUACAAUAAAUACCCUUCACCCCAUAUAUUUGUGACUUAAUAUUUCAAACAAGUGAGUAGUGUCACACAUUACACAUUCAAUUUUCAAAAAAAAACAAAAGAAAAGAAAACUAUCAUCAUCAACCAUGUCUUUGGCAGGUUCACUCAACCCAGCAGACCCAGAAAAACUCUUCAAAAAAUCAUUCCACCGGAGGAAUGAUUCCGGCGAGCUUGACGUGUUCGAGGCGGCGAGGUACUUCUCCGGAUACAACGAAUCAUGUGGUGCCACGUCAUUCAACCAGAAGAUCUGUAGUAAAGAUCAAGAUCAUCACAGCAGAGCGUAUUGGAGUAAUAGCAGUAGUAGUGGUACUAGAGGAUCUUCAGGAGGAAGAAUCAGCCUAGACAUGCCUAGAAGAAGCGUACUUAAUCUUCACAAUCACCAUGAUCAUCACGAUCACCAUCAUCAUCAUGGGGUGCUGGAGAAGCAAAUCAAAGAGAAGAAGUACAAGCAGCCAAGCUCCCCCGGAGGGAGACUAGCUAGCUUCUUGAACUCGCUUUUCAACCAAUCCUCGUCGAAGAAGAAGAUAAAGUCGAAAUCUACGACCGGUACUAGUGCUUUGUCGAUGAAAGAUUACGAUCAAGAUGAUCAAAGCGGCGGAGGAGGAAGAAGGAAGAGAAGGAGUAGCAUAAGCCACUUUGGAAGCUCGAGUACUAACACAACGACGACAGAUUCAAAAGCCUCCUCUUUCUAUUCUUAUAACUCUUCUAGUUCCGGCUUUAGAACACCUCCUCCUCAUGCUCAAUUAACUCCCACCAAGAAUUUCAGAAGUUUUUCGGAAAAUCACAAGCAACUAGUUUCAACUUUGUGCAAGUUCAGCAAUAACAACGCCAACAAUGGCAUCAACAAUAAAGCUCAGCAAAACGAUAAUGAUCAAGCUGUGAAGGACUUGUUGUCGUUGUCAUCGUCGACUCAUCUCGAGCAUGAUCAGAAGGAGAACGUAGUCAAGAAUAAUAUUAAGGGAUCAAACGCAUUGUCGUCGUCUAUUAAUCAGAAAGACAAAGUAAGUAACCGACCGGCUCAUGAACAUCAUCGUCAAAAACAGCACGAUCUUAAGAAAUUUCAUCAGUCUGAGAAAAAAAUAGUAGUGUUGGGAAAAUUUGAUGAAGAUGAUGAUAUCGAUGAGGAAGAUGAUGGUGCAGACAGUGACUCCAGCUCUGAUCUUUUUGAGUUGCAAAACUAUGACUUGGGUUGCUAUUCCAGUGGUCUACCAGUUUAUGAAACUACCAACAUGGAUAGCAUCAAGAGAGGGUCAAUAUCAUCAGCACCAAUUUCCAAUAUAUAAUCAUAUAUAUAUAUAGUGAUUAAAAAUUGUUGUAAAAAAAAUAUAUGAUCGAUAUAUGUUAAUUAUCUAUAUAUAUUUAUAUUAUAACUAGCUAGCUUAGCUAGUUUGAUGAUUGUUUAAUUUGUCAUCUUAGUUAUUAAUUCUGUUUAAGAAGCUGGUGAGAGAUCGAGAAGGAAAUUUUUUCUUGAUUUUCGCUUCUUUUUUGUUUUAAAUUUAUUCUGAUCAUCUUUCAUUUGUUUCUUUCUGUGGAGAGUACCUUUAUUUUUUAUGUUUUCACUGUAUAUGCGUGUACAGUUUGGAA